AAGGAAUAUUCCAGCUCGGCCGAUUCCGUUCACCUAGGGCCCUUAAAUACCCCUUCCCCAAGUUGAAUUCACCUCAACAAUUUGAAGAAUCCCAAUUAUAUCCUCUCAUCCUCAAUACUCUUUCUCUCUCUAUUUUCUCUCUCUCUAUAUCCAACAAUGGCUCUGAAAGCCGUUCACGUUUCCGACGUUCCCAAUCUUGAUCAUGUCCCGGAGAAUGCAUCUUUCUCUCUCUACUCUUCCCGUUUCUCCAAAGGCGUGGACAUUGGUCGGACGACGUCGUUUAAGGAGCCGAAAUUUUUGGUGAUCGGACAUAGGGGGAAUGGGAUGAACAUGCUACAGUCGACGGAUUUGAGGAUGAAGGCUGUUAAAGAAAACACGAUUCUUUCGUUUAAUACCGCCGGAAAAUACCCCAUUGAUUUCAUCGAGUUUGACGUUCAGGUCACAACCGAUGGCUGCCCCAUUAUUUUCCACGACAACUUCAUCUACUCUCAAGACAAUCAGGGGACAAUCUACGAAAAGAGAGUGACAGAUUUGUCUCUGUCUGAAUUUCUAAGCUACGGUCCUCAGAGAGAAGCUGCCUCGGAGGGGAAAACUCUGUUGAGGAAAACAAAGGAUGGGAAGAUAAUAAACUGGGCCGUUGAAUCCGACGAGCCACCAUGCACACUCGAAGAGGCGUUUGAGAAAGUGAUCCCUCCUCUUGGUUUCAACAUUGAAUUGAAGUUUGACGAUCACAUUGUUUACCAGCAAGAGUAUCUCAGCCAUGUUUUGCAGUCGAUAUUGCAAGUUGUUGUAGAUCAUGCCAAAGAAAGGCCCGUCAUAUUCUCCACUUUCCAACCAGAUGCUGCUCUGCUUGUCAAGAAACUUCAGGCCACCUACCCUGUGUUUUUCCUGACAAAUGGAGGAAAUGAGAUAUUCUACGAUGUGAGAAGGAAUUCUUUGGAGGAGGCGAUAAAGCUGUGCUUGGAAGGUGGUUUGCAAGGGAUUGUUUCGGAAGUGAGGGGUGUAUUUAGAAAUCCCGGGGCAGUUAACAAAAUCAAAGAAUCGAAGCUAUCUCUCAUGACAUAUGGCAAAUUGAAUAAUGUGGCGGAAGCGGUGUAUAUGCAACAUUUGAUGGGAAUAGAAGGAGUGAUUGUGGAUUUGGUAAAAGAAAUAACGGAAGCUGUUUCGAAGAUGAUGACGAAGCCAUCCGAGGAGGGCGAUAUUUUAAUGCAAGGAGGAGGAGAGGAGCAAGGUGAAGGGAGCAGGCCUAAAUUCUCACAGAAGGAGUUGGCAUUUUUGUUGAAGCUCAUUCCUGAAUUAAUACAGCAAUGAUAUAUAAUAUACAGUGCUGUGAUUCUUUGAGGGAUUAAUUACAUCAUUCUCAUAUAUAUAUCCUUUUAACCUCCACUUGUAUCAUCAUUUUAAAUCCUUGCUUCUGCCCUUCUUCCUAAUUCAACCCCUUUACGUGGCAUUCUUUUUCUUGGGGUCAAAUGUAUUAUUAUUAAUAAUACUACCGUUUUUAUGCUAAUUACUAUUUGUUGGCUCA